GUGAUUUGCCAGCGCUUUAGCUUUGGUAGAAAGGGUUUUUGUAGGGAGACUGCCAAACAGACUGCGCAGCAUACCGAAGGAACGAUGGGUGUGUGACGACAACAAUAACCUAAGGGGAAGCAACAAGAAAUAACCUUCUAACUAAAAGUUGCUCCAAAGGCUUUGGCGGCAUAGAGGGAAUUAAAGGGACAUAUCAACAGCUGACAUGAGGCUGGGCAGCGUCGGGGUCCGGGGCCGGAGGGCUGCGGAGCCGUCCGAACCAGAAUCCGAGGAAGCUACAGAGCCGGUCCAUCAUGAGCACUCCCAUUCGGAACACCAUGAGCACUCGCACACAGAACAUCACAACGGCCACGAAUACAACCACAUGAAGGAGAAGUUCAUGAAUGAACUCGGUCAUCUCCCAAUUCCUGUGUGGGCAGUAGCAGCCAUUGUUGUGGUGGUCCUAGUUUUGGUGGCAUGCUGCAUCUUCUGUAUGUUCAAGAAAUGCUGUGGGAAAAAGAAAAAGCCAAAAAAAGUGAGGGAGAGGAAAACAGGUCGCCGCAAGAAGGAAAAAGAAGGUGAUGGAGAGACUGGAGAGAAGGAGGGGGAUGUCAAGAAAGAAGGGGAGCAAGAGGAGAAGGAACAGGAAAAGUUGGGCAGACUGGAGUUUUCGCUGGACUACAACUUCACAGAUGCCCAGCUCAUAGUUGGAAUCCUUCAGGCUCAGGACCUUGCUGCUAUGGAUAUGGGGGGAACCUCAGACCCCUACGUCAAAGUGUUUUUGCUGCCAGACAAAAAGAAGAAGUACGAGACCAAAGUUCAGCGCAAGAACUUAUGCCCAGUGUUCAACGAGACUUUCAUCUUCAAGAUCCCGUAUGCAGAGUUGGGCGGAAAGACUUUGGUGCUGCAGGUUUUCGACUUUGACCGUUUCUCCAAGCAUGAUAUGAUUGGUGAGAUAAAGAUUCCCAUGAACAGCGUUGAUUUGGGUCAGCCGAUGCAACAAUGGAGAGACGUUGAGAGCGGUGAGAAGGAAGAGCAAGAGAAACUGGGCGAUAUUUGCAUUUCUUUACGUUAUGUACCCACUGCUGGAAAACUGACCGUGAACAUCAUGGAGGCAAAGAAUCUGAAGAAAAUGGAUGUUGGUGGUUUAUCAGAUCCCUAUGUGAAGAUUGUUCUGCAGCAAAAUGGAAAACGGAUUAAGAAGAAAAAGACGACAGUCAAGAAAAACACACUGAACCCUUACUUUAAUGAGAGUUUCAGCUUUGAGGUCCCAUUCGAGCAGAUACAGAAAGUGCAAGUGGUCAUCACAGUGUUUGACUAUGAUAAACUUGGGAGCAAUGACCCCAUUGGAAAGACCUUCAUGGGUUAUGGAGCUACAGGAGUCGGUCUGCGCCACUGGUCAGAUAUGCUUGCAAAUCCCAGACGUCCAGUGGCCCAGUGGCACACUCUCCUGCCAGAAGAAGAAGUCGAUGCAGCUGUCAAAGCUAAACCUCGUUAAAAUCGCACCUUGUUUCAGUGUGACAAACCUGCCGAUAUGUUACUUAUUGUUAAUCCUGAUGCUUUCCCAAUGUAGAUGUUACUGUAUCGAUUUUGUUUCUUUUAAGAUACUUUAUUUUGUGUAUGUAUGUGUGUGUAUGUGUCUGUGUGAUAUACAGACAAUGUUCAAUAUUUGGUUGUAACUUGGCAUCCCCCCCAUUUACCUUACUGUAAACCAAUAUUAUGUGUAGUAUACUUGGAAACAAUUGUAUGCUCAUGUAUUGGAAUAGUAACAUUUGGAUGCAUAAAAGAAGGAUAUCAGAGUAACUGUGUUCUGAAAUGUUACUCUGGUUACAUGGUGGAGCAUCUAUAUCUCACGACAUGUACACUGAGCCUCUGUGCUCCUUUUGUAGUGAUGUGGUGCAGGUCCCAAAUAAAACUUGUUGUAAUGCUUUGGAUCUUUUCAAAAUAAACUCACAAUGGACAGUUUCA